AAUCGAGAGGACGUGUCUAACUGUGCUUGCUCAACAAGUGAAGUUUUAUUUUUAAUUAUUUUUUAAUGUAUGAAAUCAACUAGUAAAAAGCUGAAGCAGUGCAAAAUGAUCCUGUUCUCUGUACUUAUAAGCUGCCUUGCAGCAGUAGCAAUGGCUACCAAUCCACCCAAGUGGCCCCAAACGUACUCCGUUAGUGGAGUGCUGAGCAUUCCGUACGCCGAAAUCACUGAACCGUUCUUCGCCUGGUACGAUAACGAUAACGGUCGGUCCCGUAUCGAUUACUAUGGCGGUAUGGUGAAGACAUAUCAACUAACUAAAAGUGGCGAUUACGGUACCAGUCUGAAGGUCGCUCCGGUUAGUAGCCGUCAAACGCUGAACAAAGAAACUUGCCUACAGGUCAACGGCACCGCUGAUAUGGCAAUCACGGUGCAGAGCAUUCUGCCGUAUGUGAAAAACUUCAAGCUUGCCGGAACGGAAACUAGAAACGGUUUCAGCUGUGACAAAUUCACGCUGAUUGAGGAGGUUGGUCAAAAGCGUAACGUUUACAACUUGUGGGUUCGCUACAUCAAGUCACCGAAAUACCCGGCAUCUCGGAUGCCUAUUCCGGUUCGCUAUGAAAUGAAGGGAUACAAUACACUGCUUGGAUCUCAUUAUGAUCACUAUUAUCUGGAUUAUGAUUCGUACGAUCAUCAGGAUAUUCCAGCCGAAGUUUUUGAGGUCCAAACUGCUGACCCAUGCAUAGGCUUCCCCGGACCAGGCAACGGCCACUACACCACAUUCAACCCAAUGCAAGAAUUCAUUCUACCGCGUUCUGAGGAACAUCUUGACAACGAAUUCUCCCGUUUCAAAAAUAAACACAAAAAGACCUACCGUGAGCAGGAGGAGCACGAACGUCGGCGGGAAAUUUUCCGGCAGAAUUUGCGCUUCAUUCACUCGCACAAUAGAGCGAACAAGGGCUUCACGGUUGCCGUUAACCACCUAGCUGAUCGCACCCAAGAUGAGUUGAAGGCGCUCCGAGGUUUUAAAUCAUCGAACGUAUACAAUGGAGGACAGCCGUUCCCGUACAACGCGAAAAAGUUCCUGGAUGAUCUGCCAGAGAGUUUGGACUGGCGAAUUUCCGGCGCCGUGACUCCAGUGAAGGAUCAGUCGGUUUGUGGUUCUUGCUGGUCAUUCGGAACUGCGGGCCAUAUUGAAUCCGCCUAUUUCUUGAAAACAAAGAAACUGAUGCGUUUGUCUCAACAAGCAUUGAUUGACUGCUCGUGGGGUUACGGAAACAACGGUUGUGACGGUGGUGAAGACUUCCGCGCCUAUCAGUGGAUGAUGGAAGUUGGAGGUAUUCCUUCCGAGGAAGAGUACGGAGGUUACUUGGGUCAGGAUGGAUACUGUCAUGUUCAGAACAGUACGCUGUAUGCACCCAUCACUGGUUGGGUGAACGUUACUUCUGGUGAUUCGGACGCUAUGAAAGUUGCCCUAUUCAAGCAUGGACCUCUGUCGAUCGCAAUCGAUGCCGGUCACAAAACGUUCAGUUACUAUGCUAAUGGAGUAUACUAUGAACCAGAGUGUAAGAAUAAACUGGAACAGUUGGAUCAUGCUGUGCUAGCUGUGGGUUAUGGAAAGUUAAACGGUGAGGAUUACUGGUUAAUCAAGAACUCCUGGUCAAACUAUUGGGGCAAUGAUGGAUAUGCUUUAAUGGCAAUGAAGGACAACAAUUGCGGACUUACAACCGAUGCCACGUACGUCCUCAUGUGAAGAGAUCUAAGACUAGUUGAUGUCUAUUAGCUUUUUAAGCAAUUAGUUUAUCGUAGAGUUUUGCGAAAUAAAUGCUAACUGUUU